CUUAUUCUGUUAUUCAAUCAUGAAUGAAUUCAUUUCAACAUUGAAACCUUGAAGAUGGUGAAAUAACCAGUUAUUAAUUGCGAAUGUUAAUUUGAUUGUUUUCAUUGUCAAACGAAUCAAUUUUCACUUUAAGAUUGUUGAAAAUGUUUCCACUGGAAAAUCAUCAAUUGAUAGUUGGUUUGUUUUCCAUUUUUCUUGUGAAUUACUUGAUUAAAUUUCUAAUUAGAUUGUGGCGAUUUCCUCCUGGACCUUUGGGUUUUCCUAUUGUUGGUUAUCUUCCUUUCAUUAAGAAAGAUACUCACAAACAAUUUACCGAAUUGGCCCAAAAGUAUGGACCAGUUUUCAGUCUUCGAAUUGGUAGUUUCAAUGUUGUCGUGAUUAAUGGUUGGACAGCAAUUAAGGAAGCAUUUGCUGAUGAUAAUCUAUUAGCUCGUCCAAAUGAAGAUUAUUUCACUAUUGUUGGUGAUCAAUCAAUUGCUGAAAUGUCUGGUGAUAAAUGGAGAGAACAACGAAGAGUGACCUUGACUACUUUACGAAAUGUUGGACUUGGUAAAACGAAAAUGGAGGAAACAAUUAGAGAAGAAAUUAAUUGUUUCAUUGAGAAGAUUAAAAAAGAAACAGGUAAACCUCUUGAUGCUGGCGAAUUACUGUCAACUAGUGUACCGAACAAUAUAUCGACUCUUUUGUUUGGACAUAAAUUCGAUUACGAUGAUCCUCGAAACAUUGAACUCGAAAGUAAUUUCCGUAAACUUCAGGUCUCUGGUAGUUUUAUCAAUGGAGUUGUGUACAUGCCUUGGCUUGCGAAGUUAAUUUUACGAUUCAAAUUUCUGUUCUUCAAAAAGAUUCUUGAUGCUUUGGCCGCUAUCGAAAAGUGUAUCUCCGAUGAGAUCGAUCAGCAUCAACAGAGUGAUGAGGAAAUUGUUGAUUAUGUUGACGGAUUUUUACAAGAGAUGAAGAAACGUUCAGACGAUAACGAAACGACCUUUACGAUAAAGACGUUGAAACGAAACGCAUUGACCUUUUACUCUGCUGGUUCAGAUACGAUUCGUUUCACCCUUGAAUGGAUGAUGCAAAUUCUUGUUGCUCAGCCAGAGUUUCAGGACAAAAUUCGAGAGGAAAUUUAUCAAGUUCUGGGAAGGGAAAGGUCACCCGACAAUAUUGAUCGUCAACUGAUGCCCUACACAAUGGCCUUUAUUUAUGAGGCUCAAAGGUACUCGUCAAUAGUACCGAUCAAUUUACCUCGAAGGACAACUAAAGAAACGAUUAUCACUGGAAUGACAAUUCCUGAAGACGCUGUUGUUUUGUUCAAUUUUUGGUCAGUUCAUCGAGAUGAAAAUCUUUACCCCGACCCCGAGAAAUUUGACCCAAAACGAUUUCUUAAUGAAGAUCAAUCCAAAGCAAUUAAACCUCCAUAUUUGCUAACUUUCAGUGGAGGUAAACGCGUUUGUCCAGGGGAAAGUUUUGCGAAUCUUCAACUGUUUCUCUAUUUGGUUAACAUUGUUCAGAAUUUCAAUAUUAAAUCAGCAUCUGAAGGUGAAAUUUCAUUGAAAGGUAACUAUAUGUUCACCCGGUUCAUCAAAGAUCCCGUUAAAUUGAUCUUUACAGAAAUUAACGCCGAUUGUUAAACUUCAAUACUCGAUCAAUCAACAAGCUAACAAGAGACCAGAAUUUUUUUAUCGAUAUUUACAACAAUUAAAUAGUUCGCUAAGCAAUUAAAUGACAUUUAAAUUGUAAAAAUAUUUGAUGAUUUUACAAAUAAAUCAAUUGAUUCACAACAAUUAGAAUUUACUUUGAAUCAUUUUCAAGUUUGA